AGUGUAAAAAGGCUGCAGGCCAAGUCGGAGUAACGACAUCAACGAUGAAAUAAAAGAAAAGGGCGGAGUAAGAAGUUAAUUAGGCGUACGUGUAAUGAAUUCCUGAGUCCCGCCACCUCAACCAUCCUGUUUUCCUGAUGUGGAAGCUGACAGGGCGUCUUUUCAUUGGCGCACACCGGAUAAAAAACGCCCUGCAGGCUCAGCGUGUGAUUGGCCCACAGUCGUCCUCGCCCGAGCGCAGGAAGCAGCUGACAGCAGACAUGAAGACGUGGUGGUUGGCGAGCACGAUGGGCGUGAUGCUGCUGCUGUGGGCCUACGGCGGCAGGGCCACCCCGGAGGGGGCCGGAGAGGACGAGCCCCAGGACGCGGAUGAAGCCAAGGAGGAGAAGACGACGGAGAUCAAGGAGGAGAAAGACGUGAUGGUUCUACACGCCAACAACUUCGCCAACGCGCUCAACCAAACCAAGUUUUUACUGGUGGAAUUCUAUGCUCCGUGGUGCGGCCACUGCAAGAAGCUGGCGCCCGUCUACGCUCAAGCUGCAAAAAAGCUGAAGCUGGACGAAGCGGACAUACGCUUGGCCAAAGUGGACGCCAUCGAGGAGAAGGAGUUGGCCCAAGAGUUUGGCGUCGGCAGUUUUCCCGUCCUGAAGCUUUUCCUCAACGGCGACCGCCAGCAGCCCGUAGACUUCACGGGUAAGAGGACGGUCUCGGGAAUAAUCCAGUGGUUGAAGCGUCGAACAGGCCCGGGUCCUGCCAUGCUGGACUCAGCCAAGUCUGCCGCCCACUUCAUCGAUUUCCAUAACGUGUCGGUGGUGGGAUUCUUCCAGUCGCUGGAUAGCCAGAAUGCCAAGGAGUUCUCCGAGGUUGCCAUGGAGAUGCUCAACACCGAGUUCGCCGUCACGACAUCUCCGGAGGUUUUCCAGAAGUAUGAGUUGAAGUCCGACACAGUGGUGCUCUUCAAGAAGUUUGAUGACGGCAGAGCGGACUUCGUGCUGUCGGAGGACGGAAAGUUGGACAAGAGCAACCUGAGCAGCUUCAUCAAAGAGAACAGCUUGGAGCUCAUCAUCCCCUUCACCGAGGAGACAGGAGAGAACAUCUUCUCAUCCAGCAUUCGCUUUCACUGUUUGCUCUUCAUCAACUCCACCGUGGACAGCCACAAAGACCUGGUAGACCAAGUCAGGACCAUCGCCAAGACCUUUAAGGGCAAGAUGCUGUUCAUCACCAUCGACGUCACGCUCCCGCUGUCGUUUGUGCUGGACUAUUUCGGCGUGUCGGCGGCCCAAGCCCCCACGGCCCGCCUGAUGAACAUGGACGCGGGGAAGAAGUUCACCGUCGACGCGGAGGAUCUCGUGAGCUCGCUGCCACGCUUGUGUCAGGACGUCCUGGAUGGCACGGCCAAGCCUUACUACCGCAGUCAAGACGUCCCUGAUGACUGGAACGAGGAACCCGUUAAAGUCCUGGUGGGGAAGAAUUUCGAGUCAGUCGCUCUGGACCCAACCAAGAACGUCUUUGUGGAGUUUUAUGCUCCGUGGUGCGGACACUGCAAGCAGCUGGCCCCCAUCUGGGAACAGCUGGCGGAGAAGUACGCCGACCGCGACGACAUCAUCAUCGCCAAGAUGGAUGCCACCGCCAACGAAGUGGAAUCGGUUGCCAUCAAUGGAUUCCCCACGCUCAAAUACUUCCCGGCCGGCGGCAAAGACGUGGUGGACUACGGGGGAAACCGUGACCUGGAGACAUUGUCCAAGUUUUUGGACAACGGUGGAGUUUUGCCAGAGGAAGACGAUGAUAACGGCGAUGAUGAUGAUGAUGACGACGAUGAUGGAGACAACAAGGAUGGCAACGCUGGAAUGGAAGUGGAGGAGAACGCCAACAACAGCAAGUCCAAGAAAACUGAGCUGUGAUGACCUUUUCUUUUCUUUGGUUUGGGUUUUGGGUUUUUUUCAUCCCAGCAACACAAAAAAAACCUUGAAAUGUGUCACUACCUGGAAUAUGACAAAUAAAUUAACAGUUUUUGUUUGUU